UCCAGUAGCUCUCCAUAGUCCUAAGGAAAGAGAAAAGAAAAAGCUAGAGAUAUGGCAAGCUUAUGCUCUGAUCAUUCUUUUAAAUUCCUUCUCAUUCUUCUUGCUCUUAAUUCCUACAUAAAUUUUAGUUCAGCUGGUAGGCAAAUUGCCCCACAAACCAACACCGAGUUCAUCAGAACAUCUUGUACUUCAACGAGUUACCCAAAACUUUGUUUUGAAUCUCUCUCAACCCACGCUAGCUUGAUCCAAACAAGCCCUCAGCUUCUAGCCCAUGCAGCCCUAAAUGUGACCCUUUCAUCCGCCAAGUCGACCUCCGCCAUGAUGGUAACACUUUCCAAAAGCCAUGGAUUGCAACCUAGAGAGGUGGAAGCCAUGCAAGAUUGUGUGGAGGAACUGAGCGAUACCAUAGAUGAGCUCAGAAAGUCAAUUAGCGAGAUGGAUCAGAUUAAUGGCUCCAAUUUCGGACUAAUGAUAAACGAUAUACAGACUUGGGUUAGCGCCGCUCUGACAGACGAGAGCACCUGCAGUGAUGGGUUUGGAGGGAAAAACAUGAACGGGAAUGUGAAGACUGCUGUGAGAACCAAGAUUGUAACAAUCGCUCAUUUGACAAGCAAUGCCUUGGCUUUGGUCAACAACUAUGCUUCUCUUCAUGGUUAGCUUAACCAAGAACAGGGAAAAGCGUAUACGUAUACUACUAUAUUGAUUUCAGAAACGAUGUACUAAUUUCCUGUAUGCGUAAAAUAUAUAUAAGCAAGCCUAGUCAUAGAUGUGGUUUUAAAGCAGGGAUAUACGUGACCUUGUUGUCACAUAGUAGAAUUUAUGUGGCGCCUGAUAUUUAAAGAUAUAUAGUGUGGGAGUGAUCUAAAUUUUGAGAGUUCGUAAUUGUCUGUAAUCUGUACAGAUUAUAUUAUAGUACGUUGCUUUCUGUAAAAUCAUAGUAGAAGUGUACGACUCUGGUUGAAGAGUUAUCAAAUUGAUGAAGCCUAUUCUGCAGUAGAGGAUUUAUUAUGUAUGUAUAUGUAUAUGUAUAUAUUAAUGUUAAUGUUGACGGUUACAUAUACAUAGAUAUGUGGUUUCUAUUUCAUGUG